AUGUCUCGUCCAAGUAACAUAGGUAUCAAAGCCAUGGAAAUCUAUCUGCCAGGCCAAGCUGUCAACCAAGCUGAAUUAGAAAAAUUUGACGGCGUGGCCGCUGGUAAAUAUACCAUUGGUCUGGGUCAAACCAACAUGGCCUUUGUCAACGAUCGUGAGGACAUUUACUCAAUGUCUCUUACCGCAUUGAGCAACUUGCUGAAGAACUACAACAUCGACCCAAACUCUAUAGGAAGACUGGAAGUCGGUACUGAGACAUUAUUGGACAAGUCCAAGUCUGUUAAGUCUGUCCUUAUGCAAUUACUUGGAGAAAACACAGACGUUGAAGGUGUGGACAAUAUUAACGCUUGUUAUGGUGGUACUAAUGCUUUGUUCAACAGUAUCAGCUGGAUCGAGUCGUCUAGCUGGGAUGGCAGAGAUGCCGUUGUCGUCGCUGGUGACAUUGCUAUCUACGAGAAGGGUGCUGCUAGACCAACUGGUGGUGCCGGUACCGUUGCCUUGUUAAUCGGUCCAGACGCUCCUUUGUCCUUUGAAUCUGUCCGAGGAUCAUACAUGACACAUGCUUAUGACUUCUACAAGCCCAACUUCACCUCAGAGUAUCCAGUCGUUGACGGCCACUUCUCUUUAGCUUGCUAUGUCCAAGCUCUGGACUUUUGUUAUAAGGCUUACUCCAAGAAGGCCAUUGCCAAAGGAAUUGCUGCAAACCCAGUUGGCCCUGAAGCUGUUGGAAUCAAACACUUCGACUACAAUGUGUUUCACGUCCCAACUUGCAAGCUAGUAACCAAGUCUUAUGCUAGAAUCCUGUACAAUGACUUUAGAGCCGACCCAACUAGACUGCCUGACGUCGACCAAGAACUAGCCACUUUAGACUACGAGAAGUCUCUCGUCGACAAAGCUGUGGAGAAGACUUUUGUUGGUCUUUCUAAGGAUCUGGCCAAAGAGAGAUUGGCUCCAAGUUUGACCCUUCCAACUAAUACUGGUAACAUGUACACUGGAUCCGUUUAUGGUGCCUUGGCCUCCUUGCUCACUUAUGUUGGGAACGACCAGCUACAAGGAAAAAGAGUAGGUUUGUUCUCAUACGGAUCUGGUUUGGCAUCUUCUCUGUUUUCAUUGAAAGUCAACGGUGACCUUUCUUCUAUUAUCAAAGUUUUGAAUGUGAAACAGAAAUUGAAAUCCAGAAACAUCGCCACUCCCGAAGACUAUGAGACUGCUAUUGCUCUCAGAGAAAAGGCACACUUGCAGAAGUCAUUCAAACCAACUGGUUCAACUGAUUACAUUCCAAACGGUUCUUACUAUUUAGUCAACGUUGACGACAAGUACAGACGUGAAUACCAGGUUAAAAACUAA